AGUUGGAGCAAUUUUCAAACUAUGGCGGAUGGAAGACGCGGUACCCCAAAAUGUAGCCCAGAGGUUCGUAUUGGGAACUACAUAAUCGGAGAAACACUUGGUGUCGGAACUUUCGGAAAAGUCAAAGUUGGAAUUCACAAAUCUACCGGGGUGCAAGUUGCUGUAAAGAUAGUGAACAGGGAUAAAAUCAAAGCUCUCGAUGUCGCCGGCAAGCUGCGUCGCGAAAUCCUCAAUCUUUGGCUUUUCCGACAUCCUCAUAUCAUCAAGUUGUAUCAGGUCAUCAGUACUCCGACUGACAUAUUUAUGAUAAUGGAGUAUGUCAGUGGAGGGGAAUUAUUCGAUUACAUUGUGAAGUCUGGAAGACUCUCUGAGAAGGACGCUAGAAAGUUUUUUCAGCAAAUAAUUUCCGGAGUCGCCUACUGUCAUCGUCAUAAGGUUGUACACAGAGAUUUGAAGCCGGAAAAUUUGUUGCUUGACUCAAACCAGAAUGUAAAGAUUGCUGACUUCGGAUUGUCCAACAUAAUGCAAGAUGGUGAGUUUCUACGUACUUCUUGUGGAUCCCCAAACUAUGCUGCCCCUGAAGUAAUAUCUGGAAAGUUAUAUGCUGGUCCGGAAGUAGAUGUAUGGUCCUGUGGAGUAAUUUUGUAUGCAUUACUAUGCGGCACACUUCCCUUUGAUGAUGAACAUAUACCUACACUUUUUAAAAAAAUCAAAGCAGGCUAUUUUCAUUUGCCAGAAACUUUGAGUUCAGGUGUGAGGGAUCUUCUUCGAAGAAUGAUAACUGUGGACCCGAUUAAGCGUGCAACCAUAGAAGAAAUCAGACGACAUCCGUGGUUCUCAGUUGAUCUUCCUAGUCAUCUUUUCCCUCAAGAACGCGACGAAGAUGCGUCAAUAAUUGACAAGGAAGCAGUUUAUGAAGUUUGUCAAGCGUGCAAUGCAACAGAACGCGAAGUUUUCGCUGCCUUACUAAACAAUGAUCCUAGUGAUCAACUAUCAGUUGCUUAUCAUCUUAUCAUAGACAAUAAACGUUUCGGAUCAGUUUUGAAUCCAGAAGAAGUGAAUAAUUUUUAUGUUGCUACUGGGAUUGAUUCAUCAACCUCAUCAGUAGCAGCAACAACAAAUACAUCAAAUAGUCCACCUAGUGGUGGUACGUUGACUCAUUCUCAGCCUGGUGGUGGUCGAAGUCAAUCAUUAAGUCCGAAUUAUGGUAAUAAUACUGGCAUGAUUGGAUUAAAAGGUAGAGGUAUCUCUCCAACACGACCUCAUCCAGAAAGAAUGCCUGAUGGACCACCGUUAUCGAGAACAUUAGAUCCAAUGGGGGAUUCAUCGACACCUGGAUCAAUUGUUACAGGUGAUUUGAAUUGUCCAAGUCAAAUUUCUUCUCAAGCACAAUCAGCUAUUACAUCCGGAGCUGCAGCAGCCAGUGGAAUGAAACGUUUUAAAUGGCAUUUAGGUAUACGUUCUCAAUCUAGACCAUGGGAUAUUAUGCAUGAAGUAUUUAAAGCAAUGAAUUCACUUGGUUAUGAAUGGAAAGUUGUUAAUCCGUUUAAUGUACGUGUAAGAAAAUGGAAUCCAAUACUACAGCAUUAUUCUCGACUUGUGUUACAACUUUAUCAGGUCGAUGCAAGAUCAUAUCUCCUCGAUUUUAAGUGUAUCGAUGAAAGUCAAUUAGAAUCCGAAACAGCAAUGAGUAGACUACGUUCAAACAAUAUGUCAGUAUGCCUUGAUUCUUGCAGUGGAACUCCACCAGCUGCUAUGGGUACUUCAACAUGUAGUAGAGAUGGUAGUUUUUCCGGCAGCACUGGAUCUGCUAGUCCAACCAACUGCUACGAUGGUCCAAAUACAACUGAAUUUUCUCGAUCGUUUUCAGCAAAUUGUCAAGAAGUACCGAUUAACCGAAGAACUAAACGACAUCAAACAAUGGAAUUUUUUGAAAUGUGUACUGAGCUAAUUACUACAUUGGCUCGAUGAUUUACUGUAGUAGUGUUUAAGCUCAGAUUCCGCAAGAUUCACAAAUUAAUCACUGUACACAAGGACGAUAAAUACUACUACUACUACUAUCACCACUGUAUACAGUGAUUAGCUCUAAAACUUUAUAUUUGUAGUAUUUAUCGUUCCUUUUUAUCUCAGUUCCUGAUUUAAUUACCAAUUAGCAUUACUUUCUGCCAGAAAGUCUUGAUCAUAUCCCCAUCGCCCUCAUCUCUUACAGACAUACUUACGAUGUAAUGUUUAUUUAAUUUGAUUUCCCUUUAUACAUAUACAUAUAUGUAUAUAUAUAUAUUCAUUCUUGCUUGGUAGCAUUUAUUCUUUAAGAUAACAAUAGAAGGAAUGUUUCAUCUGUUGGGGGGCACUUUUAUUUCAUUCUCUGAAUAUCAUUUCAUUUGAAAUAAUUUAUAUAUGAUUAUUCACAGCAUUACAAAAUGUAGGGAACUUUAGAUUAGCAUAUAUUAAUAUGAAACUAAAUAUUGAAAUAAUGAGUAAACCAUAUUGCGUAGUGCAAUUGUGACUAUUAACUACCUACUAUCGUCUAUAAUGUAUUAUGCAUUCAAUCUAAUCAAGGUUUUUGAAACUGAAAUUCAUCCUUCAUCAUGUUCUCACACAUAGAUGGAAUUACUGAAAUUCGAAUGUAACGACAGUUUUUGAAACUGCAUCACACUGGUCUACAGGUUUUUUAACAAACAUAUAGUGGCCAUUAAUCAACUGAUUUGUGUAAAAAAUAUUGUUUCAAGAGAGCAACAUAUCUGAAAUAAUAAUGAAACUAAUGAUAUAGAAAAAGGUUGCAGAAUAAAUGUAUUUGUAACCGAUUUUGAAACAUGUCACUAAAGAUUAUGUCUGAACGCUUAGGCUUCUGUUUUACUUUAUGGCUGCGAAGCGUGGCCUUUAAGAGUAGAAGAUAACUGUUCAUAUAAUUUUUAUAUCUAUAUCUACGUCAGUACUGCUUAAUUAUUUAUCUUAUUCAAAUAAACUAUCAUUUCGUUUUGUUAUGCUAUAAAUUUUAAAAAUAUGAUCUGACAAAAUCUGUAUUGUUGUGAUCACCUUUAACUAUAUUCUGUCUUAAGCAUGAGAUAGGCCUUGAUGAUAUCAUUCAAUCAAGAUCAAUAAUUGUAUUUACAUAACCCUAUAAACAAGCAAAUAACACUAAGAAGAAGUCAAUAAUUUUAAGAUAUACACGCAAGGGAGACAUUAUGAUCAUAUGAAUCUAGCAUAGAGAUAAUUCUGCAAGUAUUAUAUUAUACAAAGAUUAAAACUGAACUAAUCGUUUUUUUCGCACAAUGAACUGUGAUAAGAUUAUAG